CAUACUAAAUGGAGGGAGACAGAUUUACAUUUACUAUGUUACAUCUAUCCCUGAGUCCAAGUUGCAGCGCUCUACAGUAUGUGUAAAAUAAGAAAUGUCACAUUGUAGCUACAGGCUUAAGAUAGUUCACAAAUACUGUGAUGUUUAUCUCUUCUUUUUUUGUCAUGGACUUGAUUGUACAACAUUAAAGAGUCAUUUAAUGACUAAAUCAUUAUAGAAGACUACUAUUUUCUACAGCAAAAUAUGUCUUCUCCACAGGUGAUAAAACAUGAAUGAGACGCGCACAGAUGCAUAUGAUUAUGACAACACAGAAAACGACACUAAUGAUUAUCCAGAUGAUAACGAAUAUAUCUGUAACCUGAAUCCCAACCAUGAUAUGGAGAUAGUCAUACAGACCUACUUCCAUUCCUUCAUCUGUGCAUUCGGUUUCUGUGGCAAUGCAUUGGUGAUAGUCACAUAUGCCUUCUACAAGAAAGCCAAGACCAUGACGGACGUGUACCUUCUGAACGUGGCGGUGGCAGACCUGCUCUUCAUCGUGGCCCUACCUCUCAUAAUUUACAAUGAGCAGCAUGACUGGAGCAUGGGCUCAGUGGCCUGCAAGGCUUUGCAAGGAGCCUACAGCAUCAACCUGUACAGUGGCAUGCUCCUGCUGGCCUGCAUCAGUGGAGACCGCUACAUCUCCAUUGUCCAGGCCAGGCGCUCCUUUGGCCUCCGGUCCCAGAACCUGAUCUAUAGCCGCCUAAUCUGUACAGCCAUCUGGGCUCUGGCCAUAGCCCUGUCCAUCCCCACAGUCAUCUACAAUGAGCUGGUUGAGGAGACCAUCUUGCUGGAAGGGACUAUAACCGUGUGCCAGGCGCAGUUCCAAAGUAACAGGACCGCCCGGUUGAUGAAGGUGCUGGUGCCUAGCCUGCAGGUGGCCAUGGGGUUCUUCCUGCCCCUCCUGGUCAUGGUCCUCUGCUAUGCCAGGAUCCUAUGGACCCUACUGAAGGCCCAAAGCACCCAGAGACACAAGGCGGUUCGUGUGGUCCUAGCCGUGGUGGUGGUCUUCAUCGUGUGCCACCUGCCCUACAACGUGGUGCUACUCUACCACACGGUAGCGCUGUUCCAUCAGAGGGAGUGUGAGGUAGAGACCAUCAUCCUCACCACCCUCACCAUCACCAGGAGCCUGGCCUACCUCCACUGCUGCCUCAACCCCAUCCUGUAUGCCUUCAUCGGUGUCAAGUUCAGGAGCCACUUCAGGAAGAUCCUGGAGGACCUGUGGUGCAUGGGCAGGAAGUACAUCUACCCAUCUGGACGCUCCUCACGCAUGACCUCUGACCUCUAUAUCCCAGCACACAAGUCCACCGACGGAUCCAACAAAUCCAACAAGAACGGCUCGUCGUUUACCAUGUGAAGAUGGGAGUAGGUAGAGAUGACCUCCAAUUACUAUGGGUGAUGAUAGCAUGGUUAGUCAGGAAAUCAAGUAGUGACUUGUAUUCUGUGUACAGUGUGAGUAUUUGUUUGCUACUGUAUCUAAAUGAUUUACCUAUAGUAUUUGCUGUAUUACUCCAAAUGAAUGCUCCUCGCUACUCUAAUUACAGAAAUUACAGAAGAUAGCUUACGGUUGUGAAUGUGCGUAAAUAAAAGCCGGGCAUUCUACCAGAGAAUUCUAGAACUUGGACACUGUCUUGUUGGCCUAACGUUAUAUCCUAUUUUGACUUUGGUGCAGGUCAUGUUGUUCUUC